CGAACAAUGCCAGCACAAAACUAAUCAAUCAUUCAAUCGAAUGCGCUCACACCACACACACACACACACACACACACACACAUGGUUGGUACACGUCUACAUCUACAAUACAUCAGGUUUUCAGUUCAUGAUUGUCGUUUGCCGGGUGAGGUUGCCUUUUGCCUGUCUCACAAUCACUCCCAGAUCCCAGACCCCUCGUUCCAAGUCCAAUCAAUUUUGCUUGUUUUCUGACGCUGACGCCGCUGCUGCUGCUGCUGCCGCUGUUGCCUGAGAAGAAGAGAGAGAGUGAGAUAGGGAGAGACCGGCAUGGCGUAUACUCAUUCCAUCCGAGAUUCAGAACGCUUUAGUAUACGCAAAUUUUGGCGUGAAUUUUUGGCGGUCUAUCAGCAAAUGCCGGAACUAUGGGAUGUCGAUCAUGCCAAUUAUCGAAAUAAGGAAUUAAAGAAUAAGGCCUACAAUAUUCUAGAGGUUAAGCUAAGAGAAGUCCAGCCGAAUGCCACACGGAGCGAUGUCGGACGUCGCAUUAAUAUAUUCCGCACGAAUUAUAGACGUGAACAGUUGCGUCUGAUGAAACAAAAGGAAUUGGGAUUGCAUGGGGAUCUAUGUAAACCAUCGCUUUGGUUUUACCACGACAUGGAAUUCCUUUCCCAUGGACAAGCGACAUUCCAACAUAAGGCGAAACGAGGUCGUGCCAAAGCUAAGGCAAAUUUCGAUUCUACCAAAGAUAAUACAUUGGAUGCAAUGAGUCACUGGAGCGCCAAGGAUAUAGCACUAAAUAGUCCGAAUCCUCAGUCGGAAGAUAGUUCCCUGCUUAGUCCAAAAAUCGAGAUUAUAGAGGACGAUGUAGAGAAAGAGGAGUUUAUGCAAAUUGAUAUAAAUCAGAAUGAUGGUAAUGGCUCGUCCAGCUGUGUGAUACAACACGAUGGAUCAGGAUCAGACAACGCAAUGACCCCAUUUAACGAGGCUAAAUCCUGGAAUAUUCCAUGUGAAGCUCAUAAGCAGCCGAGCAGUAACUGCACCGCAAGAGAAACAAAAGCAAACAAUUGUACCGAACAGCCAAAGUCCCUACCAGAUGAUAAUUUCCUAGUCUGUCCAAAAAUGGAAAUUUUGGAGCAAGAUGAUGGUGUCGUCGCAAAGGCAUCAUUGCCACCUGGUGGCACCACAACGAUGACUGUGAUAAAAGGAACAACAGAUUCAAAUAGUGCAUCUAUCAAUGGCAAUCCGGGGACACUUUUAAGCGAGGCUUCAGAAAUUCUAGCUAAAUCCUGGGCUAUUCAAUACGAAGAAAUGGCUCCAACGCAACGGAUAUUAGCCCGUAAAGCUAUAGCUGAUAUUCUUUUUGAAGGAUGCAUGGGUAAUCUGCGCAUAAAUCGUGGUGAACAGCGGAAUACCGUAGACAACCACUAAGAGUCUUAAUAACUAAAUAAGUAAUUCGAUUAGCUAUGCAAAUUUGCAAAAAUAUACUAAAACGUAUCUCAUAAGACCCUGGACCUUCUUUAUCAAAAUAACGUUAAGUUUCUUCUGCUUGGUUUACAAAUAUUAGAAAAUUUAAAUAAAGUUUUAAACUUGCCGCUCAUCUGGGCUAUCGAUAUUUCGCAAUUCGAUCAGCAUCCCAUUAUAGGCGUUACACUAUCGAUU